AUGGACCCGAUGCUGGAGAACCCAGAUUCGGAACGGCGCUUGAGUGCCGCGCAGUCGGUCCUGCGGACGGCCCAGCUACUCUAUCCGGUCAUUCUGCUCCUGAGCUUCGUCGUCUCGGCUGCGGUCCACACCAUUGUCACGUCAAAGACCGAGGAGGAGUUGGUUGUUCCGGCCGUGAAAGGCCCCGGCGGGAAACCGUUGCCCGUCACCAAGAGGAAGCGUGAGCAGCAGCAGGUGCCGGAAGCACAUGGCGACAACAGGGCCAGCGGCGGCUCCGCUUGGGCAUUGUUCCUUUACUUGACGGGCGCCGUCAUCGUGUCGUUCGUUGCCAAUUGCGCGGCGGUCGCCGUUCAUGCCAUGAAGUCGAGCAGGGACGCCGGGCCCGGCAGCGCCUGGUGGUGUGGCGAAGAGAGAAUUGUCUACAUUGUCGGGUCGGCGUUCCUCUACCUCUAUGUUCUCAUCACGCUCCUCGAGUGGCGGCACAGCCCUAUCGUUGUCCACCUCAUCUUCUGGGUCCUCGGUCUUGUGGGCGAGGUCAUCAUUCUGCUCGCUUUUGUCCUCAGCAUAAUGGACGGAGAUUACGUUGCCCAACGCGCCACGGACGUCACCAAUGGCCUCGAACCAUGGGAUGUCGUCGACCUUUGUAUUGCCGGAGUCCGCAUCUUCCUCAUCAUAUUCUUGAUCGGCAUGUACGCCGCUAUUGCCAGGAGGCGCUUGGGAGAGCGCCGACUUGCUGAUGAGGAAGCACAUCGGUCCGACACGGACGAGACGAGCCCAUUGCUGGGCAGCAAUGGCGAUUUCCACGGUCGCGCCAACGGGCAUGCGACUCGCAACGCCCAUUACGGGAGCACAAACGAGGCGACCCGCCGCGAUCCGCAAGGCUGCGGACAACAAGGAGGUUAUCAGCAACGCGAGGAGGAGGCCGCCUUUUACAGACCCGACAAACUGCCUCACAAGACGUGGUUUGAAUAUUGUCGCGGGUACUCGGUAUUCUUUCCCUAUCUGUGGCCCAGCAGGUCUGCCAAACUCCAGGGCGUGGUUCUAUUGUGCUUCAUCCUCGUCAUCUUGCAGCGUGUUGUCAACAUCUUGGUGCCGGCUCAGCUCGGAGUCCUUACCAACACUUUUGAGAACCAGGACGUCGACAAGGUCUGGUUGGAGCUUGGGUUGCUGAUCCUGUACAAGCUGCUCCAAGGACCCUCUGGCUUGCUCGGAUCAAUUCGAUCCAUUCUUUGGAUUCCCGUGUCGCAACACACGUAUCGGGCGCUGACAACGGCGGCCUUCGAACACGUCCACUCGCUCUCGUUGGACUUCCAUUUGGGCAAGCGCACGGGGGAGGUGCUCUCGGCGCUCAACAAGGGCGCGUCCAUCAACCAAUUCCUCGAGCAGGUUACGUUCCAGGUGGUGCCCAUGCUGGUGGAUCUCCUGGUGGCCAUCAUCUACUUCUACGUCCGGUUCGGAGCCAUGUACUCGCUUUUUGUCUCGAUCAUCACCUUAUACUACCUCUAUCUGACCAUCCGCAUGGGCGCCACCAGGGCUGACCAGCGCCGCGACAUGGUCAACGCCGAUCGGGAAGAGGAAGCCGUCAAGAACGACUCAAUCAUGUCGUACGAGACGGUCAAGUACUUCAACGCCGAGGAGAGGGAGUUUGAGCGUUAUGGCAACGCCAUCAGAAAGUUCCAAGAGGCCGAGGCUAAGGUGACAUACGGCAUCAACUACAUGAACAUGUGCCAGUCGGUCGUCUUUAUGUGCGGAAUGCUUGUUGCACUGUUGACAUGCGGCUAUCAGGUGUCGCGCGGGGAGAGGAGGGUUGGGGACUUCGUCGCGCUCGUUACUUACCUGAACCAGCUGCAGGGUCCUCUCAAUUUUUUUGGCACCUUCUACCGGACAGUACAGUCGGCCAUGAUCUCGGGUGAGAGACUGCUCGAGCUCUUCAAGAUCCAACCUACCGUCGUCGACAAGCCGGACGUGAAGCCGCUGCUGGAAUGUAGCGGCCACAUUAAGUGGAACAAGGUUGGCUUCUCGUACGACAGGCGCAGGACGGCUCUGCACGACCUGUCGUUCGAGUGCAGACCCGGCACCACGACCGCUUUCGUCGGAGAGUCCGGUGGUGGCAAAUCCACCGUCUUCCGGCUCAUGUUUCGGUACUACAACUGCCGCGAGGGCAGCAUCGAGAUAGACGGCCACGACGUUAAGGACCUGACCAUCGACUCCGUGCGCCGCUUCAUCGGUGUCGUGCCGCAGGAUACCAUCCUGUUCAACGAAACAUUGAUGUACAAUCUCAAGUACGCCAACCCCAAGGCGAGCGACGAGGAGGUCUACGACGCCUGCCGCGCUGCUGCCAUCCACGACCGCAUCAUGAGCUUCCCGGACGGCUAUCUCACCAAGGUUGGCGAACGCGGUCUCCGGCUGAGCGGCGGCGAAAAGCAGCGUGUGGCGAUUGCGCGUACCAUUUUGAAGAACCCAAAGAUUAUUAUGCUGGACGAGGCGACAUCAGCUCUUGAUGGCGAGACGGAGCAAAAGAUUCAGUCCAAGCUGAUCAGCGGCAAAUUCGGUCAGGAUCGUACAUUGCUGAUUAUUGCUCAUCGCUUGUCGACCAUCACCCACGCUGACCAGAUCAUCGUCCUCCACGCGGGCACAGUCGUAGAGAGGGGCACCCACCAGGAACUUCUUGCACUCAACGGCCGCUAUAGCGCCAUGUGGGAGAAGCACUGCCGUGCCGAACGGGCGGCCGAGCAUGCCCGUGAUGCUACGCGAAAAGCGAAGAAGCUUCUGAGCCAGGCAAACAUUGGCGACGGGUACAACAGCAUGCUCUCGUCCACGAUACUUCCUACUGUCCCCCACAGUCCGACCACCACUACGGCGGACGCUGCUGACGCGCAUGAAACCGCGUCUAUCUCAUCGCAUGGGAGCAGCAGCUCUUCAUCAAGCCGCUCGGACGGGACUUUACAAUACGAUUCUUCCGAUGAGCACCGCCCCGAUGACAAGCCCGAAACCGCGAGGCGGCCUCCACUCUACUCGUUCCCGUCGGAAUCAACUGCCGGCGUUCGAUGGUUGCACCCAGGUUCUCCUGACCUUCGCCAGCAACUAUCUGGUAUUGGAAAUACAGCUUAG